CAUCACUCCAUUCAAGCCAUUUGUCAUGCCACGCUGAGCUGACGACGAAGUCAUUCGAGCGCAUAUCCGAUCAUGGAAGGGGCGUCGCUCAUUCAGCCAGGGGUGGCAGCCCCAUCGCGAGAUCAACAGCCGCAGGGCAAGAGCAGUAGCGGCCUAGUCGACAUCUUUACUCCCGGAUUCGAGGCUGAAGGUAACAGCCUCGAGCACAUUCUGUCGCAUAGCAGCAGCGGUUUGGACUGGCCAGGAAGAAGAAGUCAUGAGUAUGACGUCGCGGAUGACCUUUUCGGAGAUAAUCUCUUCGACGACGAGGGCACGUUUGAGGAGACGACAUCCACCAACACCAACAGCCGCCGUACCUCGCCCAUGGAUGCAUUCUCACCGCAAUCCGCCUCGUCCUCAUUCCAUUCGCCGUUGCUCUCCAUCCCACCACGCGCUUCAAUAUCUUCGAGUUCAGGCCUCAUCCUCCCGGUAGGACGUGGACCUGCUUCCACUGGCGCAAGUACGACGCCUCCAACGGCGGAACAGCAGGCCGUGAGCGACCCUGAACUUGCCAGUCAGUUUCAUCAUCAUUCAUUCUAUGCUCCCUAUCGCCCCAGCGACGCAUCCGCAAAUGCGAAUGAGGUAAGAGCACGAUAUACUAGUGACUCCUCAAGCAAUGCCAAAGAGGUAAGCGGCAACUCGGGCGACAGCAACGCAGCCACAGCAACCGCGACCACCCCGAAGGAAGACAGCACCGGGCGAAAAAAGCGUAAGAGAAAGGUUGCCAGCUCCCAAAGUAAUGCAGCAUCGGGUCAAUUGGCUCAGACGGAGGAGGAGAUCGAGGACGAGGCCAAGCGCGUGAGGAAGGAGAGGCAAGCUGCUUGGGCAAGGGCGAAGAGAGCGGAAAAGAGGGAGCAAAGGGAGAAGGACAAGCUACAGCGUGAGGCAGCUGAGGCAGCUGCAGCCGCCGCCGCCAAGCCCCGAUGGAACGUCGAUGCAGCAGUCGUCGCGGAAGUGGCCUCGAAGAAUACGCUGGCUACCUUCUCGUGGCUGUCUCCGGGCCCCUCGCGAGCACAAUCGCAGGAAUCGCAGCCGACAAGCAGCCGUGGUAGCGCAACGACAGAUCCCAGCGCACCAGCAACGCCUAUUCGAGCUCGAAGCCAGGGUCAAGAUCGCGGGCGCCGUACAAGUCGAGCUUCGGGAGGUAGCCGCAGCAGAGAUAGAGGGGCAAGCGCCACAUCGGGGGCUAGCACCUCUCGAGCGUCACAGUCAGCAAUCGACCUUACCGAGGAUGACGAGUCGACUUUGAGUGCAGCGAGAUUUCUCCAAGCCGAGGAUAAUGCUAGUACCUCGCAGCAGCCGCUCGUUCCUAUCCUCACAGGUGGCGGAGCUGCCUCGGAGUGCCUACGACCGGCUGAUCCGCCGACGCAGCAGAAGGAGUCAUUGCAGCAAUUCGCGCCCCCUGUUCCCUCGCGGCCAUCUGCAACAUCACGAUGCGCAGCUACAGCAUCGUCAUCUGCCGCUAUCGAGUCGACGCCAGCUCAGCCACCAACAACGGCUGCCACGUCGAGCCUGCGCAACGAGACCGACAACACCACCUCAAGCAGCGAGGAUGACGAGGACGAAAGGAUAUUUCGUGCCGGAGCAAAUCCUCGGGCAGCUCAAAAGCAGUCCCGUGAUCGCAACAAUGCCCAGUCAUCAACCAACAUGGCCCCAGACAAGAAUGGAGAAGACGAGCGCGAGGUUGAGAUCAACAAUCUCUUCGACAUCGGAUUGCAGCCCUCCAGCGACGGCGAGCAUCACAAUAGUAGCGGCGCUGAAGUGGAGACCUUGAGGGCAGCAACCGCCGCGUUCUCAGAGAAAGAGGGCGAGCGAAGCAUAGAAUCGCCGCGACCUACUACUGCCUCCUCGGCGCCUGCACUACGUCGCGGUAAGACUUUGCCUGGCCUCACUGGCCAUUCAUUGGAUGAGUGGUCGUUAGACAGUCAAGGCGAUGAGACAACGGUGGCGUCACGAAGCCUGGCCGGUGUCGGAGUCUACGCUUCACAGCCGGCUACAUCACACGACCAUGGACAGUCAAGGACGGCCGGCCGACUGCAGGUCUCUGCAUCUCAGCCCAACCUAGGAGACGCCAAGGGCAAGGGCAAGCCUGGCCGCCCUCGCACACGCGCAGCACCGGACCCGGCUACACCCAAGCGUAAGCCAGGGCGACCUCGCAAGGAGCAAAGCAGCAGCCAAAUGUCUCUACGCGACGCUAUCGCAGCAUCAUCGUCACAGCCUGCAGGCGAGUACCGAGGCCCAGGCAAAGGCGCAGCAGCUGUCAAAGUACUUGCGACGAAGCAGCAGCGACAAGACGCAUCUAUUCCAGCGCCUGGCCAGCCUCUCGAGGACACCGUGGCAUCGGCAUCGGCUGUCCCGACCGCUCCCUUCUCUUCCACACCGGUCGACACGACCAGCGAGACUGCUGGUCCAGACGUAGCGCCGCCGAAGCGAAAGCGCGCUCGUCCGCUUGGUUCCAAGAAUCGCUCACCCGCAGAGCAAGCAGCGGCACGGGCAUCAGCCAUUCCUCAGCGAAGAACCGGACGUCCGCGCAAGGCGCAGCCUGACCCAGCAAUCCCAGAGUCAUCGGAGUUGCAGGGAGAAGUCGUCGUUUUGCAGAGAUCUCCUACAGGUAGAGAGCGUCGUCGAGCAUCGGUUUCGGCCGUCUACGUGGAUCGGGUCAGCUCAGAUGAGGAUGGAUUCAGUAUGCCCUUGAGAGCGGCGCCAACCCUCCUCGCAUCCAAAGACAGCCCCCCUCGUCCUCGUGCUCCUCCACGCAGAGCCUCGGAUUCUGCCAUUACGGCUCGUGUACGCGCCCCUCGCCGCACCAUUGUGUACACGUCAUCUUCGGAAUCCGAGCCGGAGGAAGGCGGAGAUUCACGAAGAGUGGCGUCAGCCUCUCCUAUACGACCUCUUAUCACCGCCUCGACGAACUGCAAGAGACUUCCGGACGUGACGAUCGACUCCUCAGAAGAAGAGGCAGCAGCAGCUGCUGCUGCAGCGUCGGGAGCCCUGGUGCCUUGGCUUGCUGACAGGGGCAGCAGGGGCAGCGAGGAAAGUGAGACGGAUGCCGUGCAGUCAAUGCCGAUGCGGAGAACGCCUGAUCAAGACGAGAGCAUAGGCUGCGCCGGAAGGUCACCGAGCAGGGCGCAGUCGAGCACUCCUGCGCUCGAAGCAGCCCCUUCUCCCAGCUCUGACGCGAUGCAACAGAUCAGCCCCGUCCACCAAGAGAACGCGUCAGAACUAGUACCACACGAGAACCUACUUUCUAACUGGCUGUCGCCUGCGCAAACCCCUGCAACAACGCCACGAUGUGGAUCAACACCUUGCAGAGCUGUGACGCCCACGCAAUUAAACGGGGACGAUGCCGUGUCGCUUGCUGUACCUUUCGAAGCUGCCCCACCUCCUUUGCUCGUCAACGAUGAUUUGCCUCUCCUCCCCGACGAUGCCUUGGACGCUCGGCCACAAAUAUCAGCUGUCACCGACUUUUCACCCUCGGAGGCCACGCAGGAGACUUCAGCCGUCAAGAGCAUAAUCCGACGUCCUGUCACUGACAGGGGCAGCCAAGCCGGAGAAGAGAAGGGCAGGACGCGAGUCAAGGCGGGCAAUGAGAAUGCUCCGCAGGGAAAGAAGAAGCAAGCGGUCAAGUCUGCUACCAAAAGGCUCGCCAAUGGGGGACCUGGAAAGGGCCAUCGACUGGUCCCGGGACAGUUGACGCUAGCCAAUGCCCCGCGCGCCAUCGUCGAGCGUAUCGUUCGCUUCGGUCACUUGGACUACCUGGUCGUGCCUACUAGGGAGGACCUCGUGUCGGCGCAAGCUGCGGGGAGAGGGCUGGUUCGGGGACGCAGCCUAGCAAAGAAGUCGACUGGAGCCGCAACCUCCCAUGAGGCGCCGAUGAAGACCUCGGAUUCACUGGUCUUACCGGAAAUGUCAGCAUCCAUCUCGUCAUCCGCUAUCCAGGGCUCCUCACCCUCGCCGCCAAUACCUGAAGACCAGCUGCCUCCCCACGGGUCGGCACUGCUUUCGCCUUGCUUCGACCCCUGUUCGCAUCGUACCCCAUCCGACUUGAAGGCGGUCUCGCCAGGCCUGCCACCACCGCAGCCAGCCGAAGCAGAGGGACAACAGAGCCAUGGUCAGCCUACACUGCCUCAGCCCGAGCCCACGUGCCCCGGCCUGACUUCCAGGCCCAUCGGACCAGUUCCUCAGGCGCUCGCCAUCUACCAAACCGCUGGCCGCUCACUCGUCAAAGUCUGCCGACCCGAGCCGCUGCAUGACCGUCUCGCACCGCUGACCCUACCAAAUGCUGUCAGGACACGAAGUCAAGCAGAGGCCCUUCGAGUCUUGCUUGUUCCAGAAGCCUAUGUCCUGUACCGACGCGCAGGGCGAGACCUGGCAAGGCUCCGCAAACCAAGUGUAGGACGACGCAUUGUUCCCCUGCCAUCCCUCGUCACACACCGUCUACGCAAGUCAGAUGUCAGGAAGGAUGCAAGGAAGCCUUCUCGAAGUCGGUUUGCAGCGCGGCGAAGAAAGCAAAAGCAGUCAGGCCCUUCUGCUGCCGCCAUGGCGUCGGUGUCAUCGCCGUCUGCACCCGCCACUAAGCCUUUGCCCACGCAAUGGAAGCCGCGCCAGCUCUGGGUCUCCAUGCCGGACGGGCAGCUUCAGCCGCAGCACGCAGCUCAGCAAGAGCAACGAGAUGCCGAUCCCUCGACUCAGCAGCCGGGCCCCUCUGGCUCGAGCGGCUCCAACGGCGGCAAUGAAGCGCCGUCAGGCAGCCAAGCUGCUUCUGCACCCAUCAAUGCAGGCAGUAGCAGCGGCAACGGCAGCGCCGUCCCUUCAGGCCCCGGCGGUGGAUCAGGCAACGGCGACGAAGAUCCAGACGAUGGCCGUCGCCCUCCUCGCGGCCGUGGCGCUCCUCCGGCAGCAAGCGGCUCCGCCUAUUCUGGAAAGAAGAGGGGUCGCAAGCCGAAGAGCAGCACCACGAAUGCUGCCACCCCCUCAUCCUCUUCGUCCACUGCUCCCACGUCAUACACCGCACCUCUGCGCGCCUCCCUCUAUCGGAUGCGCGCUCGAAUCGAAGCAGAGCUCAGCCGUAAGCAGCUCCUCCUCGAGUCUCGUGUACGACCUGAGCAUGCGCGAUUGGAGGCUUCACGCGCUGACGUGGAUGCUGAUGUGCUGGAGAUAGAGAGGAGGAGAAGAGAUGAGGUGUUGAGGGAGAGGGGAUUCGAGACGAGUGGAGGGGGGUCAGGGAGCAGCGGACAGGGCGACACUGCUGCAGGAAGCAGUAGCACGUCAGCCAGGCGAUGAGAAAGACCAGCCUCUUCGUCGGAGAAAGAGACGGGAUGACGGUGACAAACAAAGAAGCAUGACCGCGACGAGACCGCCUGGUCUUUUCAUCUGUACAUUCAUAUCCAAUUCAUCACAAGUAGAGACCAUGAGG